AUGACCAAGAGAAGCAGACGCUUAAUAUCUUCAAGGGAUACUUCAUCUUCGUCAUCCUCAACCACUCCUAACACCACCUUUGAAUCGGUCAACACCAGUAUCGAAGUCCAAGGCAUACCACCAGCUGAUUUAGUUACAAUCCUCCCAAAGGAAGACACUGCCAACUCUAGACUAACAGAAAAGGAAAAGAAAUUAAGCGAACUUAUAACUCAUUGUUCUCAAUUAAGUUCCCAAUUAGAGGGUCAAGAUGAGCCAGAAGUGAUUAUUAAAAGACAUAUUAAACAACUAAACAAGUAUAAUGAAUUGAAAGAUUUGGCUUUGGAUCUAAUUGGUAAGAUUGCUGAUCUGAGACAAGUUAGGAUCAGUGAGAUCUUUAAGGAAAUGGGGGUUGACGCUAAUGAUGAUGACUAG